AUGAGCGACGGCAUUGAGAAGCGUGGCGAGGACCAUGUCGAGGACGCCGUCCGCGACAAGGAACGUGACAACGACUCUGACUCGAUUCGCUCAGAGGCCCUUGGGGACAACCUGCCGCCUGGGUACUUCUGGUCUCCACGAUUUAUUGGCACAGUAGUUGGCUUCGCUCUCUCCGCCAUCUCGGCGUAUCUCUUCCUGAUCUUACCCACGAACGUGUUGACGUACAUCAACGCGGAUAUCGCGCGGACCUUGUCGCUAUCUGCGGCCUACACGGUCCUUGGGCGGUUAUCCGACCUCUUUGGCCGGCGCUGGUUCUUCAUCGGGGGCAACAUCAUCGCCCUCCUCGGGAUCAUCGUCUGCGCUUCUGCCCAAAAUGUGAAUUCUCUCAUCAUCGGCAGCGCCGUGUAUGGCCUCGGCGAGACCGUGCAGCUCAGCUUUAAUGUAGCACUCGGAGAGCUCGUCCCGCGAAAAUACCGUCCCGCCGUUCUGAGCGCCAUCUUCGCGUCAAACGCACCUAUUGCGAGUUUUGGGCCAUUGAUCGCACGCAAGUUCAUAUCAACUCCGAGCCUCGGAUGGAGGUGGUGUUACUACAUCAACAUUAUCUGUUGUGGGCUGGCCAUUAUCUGCCUAUACAUGUUUUACCACCCGCCAACGUUUGAGCUCUUGCACGAACGCAAGACUAAGCGGCAGCUGAUGAAGGAACUAGAUUAUGUCGGACUUUUCCUCUGGACAGCUGGCCUUACUUUAUUCUUGAUGGGCGUCAGCUUGGGUGGCACCAUCUAUCCCUGGAAGUCUGCGGCUCCGAUCACGACCAUCCUGCUUGGUGUCGCUCUUAUCGCCGGCUUAGUGGUCUGGGAGAUGAAGGCCAACCUGAGGUACCCUGCUAUCCCGAUCAAGUUCUUCGGAAAUCGUGGCUUUAUGGCACUGGUCUGCUGCGCGACGGUUGCAAGUAUGUUCUACUACUCUGCGGUCCUCAUCUGGCCGCAGCAGAUCCAGGCGCUUUUCACGAGCGACAUUAAUUAUGCCGGCUGGUUAUCUUGCACCGUCGCAUCCUCUACCGCGCUCGGCCAGAUCGUUGCAGGCUUUGUGAUCAAAUGGGUCGGCAACGUGCGCUACUGGAUUAUAUUCUCCUCGUUCGCCAUGGUAGGAUUUGUAGCCGCCCUCGCUGCUCUGACCCCCGCCUCAAAGGAUCUCGGGGUGGCUCUGACAAUGCUGGGCCCAUUCUUCGUGGGCAUCAUCGAGCUCCUCUCACUUGCCCUGGCUCCUCUGUUCUGCGACCCAGCCGACAUCGGUCUCGCUUCGGGCCUGCUUGCCUCGAUCCGCUCGGCUGGCGGCUCUGUGGCCGUUGCCGUGUACUCGUCCGUCCUGGCAAACCGCGUGGCCAUUGAGAUCCCCAACGCCGUCAUCCCCGCGGUGAUCAACGCUGGCUUUCCCGCUGACAAGGCCCCGGCACUGGCAUCGGCCGUUGUCGCCAAGUCUUAUGCCACUUUCCCGGGUGUAAACUCGGCCGUGACUGCGGCGAUCGCGAGCGUAUUGCCUAGUGCGUAUGCCGCUGCGUUUAAGGUGGUGUAUCUCGUCAGCCUGGCGUUUGGUGCCAUCGCCCUGGCUGGCUCGUUGAUUUCAAAGGACUCCCAGCCUCACCUGACGGAUAAGAUUGAGCGCAAGAUGGUCAGUGGCAAGGAGUCUGCUGCCGCAAAGGUCGAGGGCACGGAGAAAGUUUAG